AUGCUGGAAUACAGCCAGAACACCAGUUGCUUGCUCCUUAAUGCAAACUUCUGGCCGGGGCUUGCAAGACCAAUUUUUUUUCCCCUGACGAGUGCCCUUUAUUGAAGGCUGUACUCGUCGGUUAAUAUGGUUUAAUGCCUACUCAUGGCAACCCUCUGCAACGCCCUGGAAGCUGUUAGGCGAGAUUUAAGGCGAACCGACAGAGAAAUAAAGAAACGCUUAAGGCUUAUGGACAUGAGUUGCUGCCCUAAAUCCUGCGAAGUCCAGGCAACCUGCCUUUGUGAUAUAAGUCUCCACCCACAUUGUUGCUGUCUUCUCCAUCCCUACCCACACUGCCUGUGUGACAUACUAUGCUGUCGUCCCUGUAGACCGCCUUGCCUCACACCUUUGGAGCGUAAAGCUAUCAGGGCUAAGAUAGAAGCUGAGCAAGAACUGGCCAGGUAAACGGGUUUCUCCAGUUUGUCGCUUGUGUAAUUAUUUAAGGUGUUAAUAGUUAAGGUGUUAAAAGGAGCGGGGUGGAAGCAGUGGGGAGUGCAUUUGUUCCUGUGUAUCUAGUUCUGUAAAGGGACGCGGGUGGCACUGGUCUAAACCACUGAGCCUAGGGCUUGCUGAUGAGAAGGUCGGCGGUUUGAAUCCUCGCAACGGGGUGAGCUCCCGUUGUUCAGUCCCCGCUCCUGCCAACCUAGCAGUUCAAAAGCACACAGUGCAAGUAGAUAAAUAGGUACUGCUCUGGUGGAAAAAUAAACGGCAUUUUCGUGCUCUGCUCUGGUUCGCCAGAAGCGGCUUAGUCAUGCUGGCCACAUGACCCAAAAGCUGUCUCCGGACAAAUGCCAGCUCCCUCUGCCAGUAAAGCGAGAUGAGCGCCACAACCCCAGAGUCGUCCGCGACUGGACCUAACAGUCAGGGGUCCCUUUACCUUUAUCUAGUUCUGUAAUUUGACUGCUGCAGCAAUAGAUGUCCUACAAAAGAGGGAAAGGAAGCACAUUUGCAGUUUCCAGGUCUGUUUUAAACUGUGUCCUUCUGCAUGUUGCUAUUUUAUUGCUUAUUUGUUAAAGCUAUAUACUACCCUAUACCCAUAGAUGUCAGGGCGGUUCAGAACAUAAAAGUUAUUUAGGAGGUCACCAACUUGGAUGGAGCCAAGCCCUGCCACCCUUCAGAAUAAAAAGAAGACGAGGUGAACUGCUUAGUUAAGCUGUGGCAUUUGCUCCCACAAUUUGGGUGGCUUUAAAAGAGGAUUGGACAAAUUCAUGGGGAAUAAGGAUAUCCGUGGCUCCUUGGCCCGAUCAAGCAAGCACCUCUUACUUACACUCUUAGAAGUGCUUUAUGUAUGCACUUUUAAAGCCCGUGGAGGCACCGCAGCUUUGAAAUGCCCUCUCAAGGGAAGUACACCAACAAAGAUACUGUAUUUCAGGCAUGUCCAAAGUCUGUUUCGGGGACCUCAUCCGGCCUGCCGGUUGGUUUAAUCCGGCCCCCGUGGCGGUUUAUCUCCUGGGGUAAAAUCCUAAAACAAAGCUCAACAACUUCAAUCCUAAAGAAAGGUCAACAAUUGUUGUUGUUCACUUCAUCAAAUCUGGCCCUAUUUGAAAAAAGUUUGGGCCCCCCUGCUGUAUUUUCUCCCAGGCGUGAGGUUGCAAUCGUUUGUACUCCAUCAACAUUUAUCAAGAGGAGACGCAUUGAAAUUAGUAGCCAUCGCUAACAGGCCCAUUCAUGGGGUUCUGCUCUGAGUGAACGUUGGCUGAAUACAACCCAAUCUUUUUAUUUGCCUCAGGCACUCUCCUUCUCCAGCAGAGUGUCUGAACUCUGCCCUGCGACUGGCUUAUGCACACCAGGGGUGAGCAAUGGCUACAUGAGGUUGCAGAGUGCUUCUAGGUGGGCAUUCAUUGGGGGGUCUGGGGAUCUCACGCAUGCACUUCCUUUGCAGGGUCUGCACAACGUAGUUGACAUCAAAAUGCCAGCGGGGUAUUUCCCCUCCCCCAUUUAAUCUGGAUUUACCCAUUUAUCAGAAAAUCCCUUAAGUUUCUCGUUUGUUUGUUUUUAAAAUGUUGGCAAUGACCUAUUGCAAUACUAAGCCCCUGGGAUAAUUGUUCCCAAAGCGUGGGAUAAUCUCCCCUUCAAUGCAACUCUUAGGACUCAGCUACAUUGGUCAAAAAACAGUGCUUUGAAUGCGUUAUAAACAUGCAACACCAGGUGGCGCUAGAGAGCAAAAAUAUUUUCUUUGACAUUUUCCAUAGCGUCCCCCCCCCCCUUUUGUUAUAACAAUUUAAUUUCUGACUUUUUAAUAGCAUUUUUUCCUGUGUGUAGCUGGUUGGACCCUGUGGGAACAGAAUGCUAGACUAGGUGGCCUUUGGUCUGAUCGCAACAGUCAAACAAUAAAUAAAAUAUACCAAGAAGCACACAACAAGGUUGAUCAAUUCCCACAUAAAUCUUAACAAGGUCUAAAAAUAACAAUUGCAGAAAAUUAACAUCAAUAACAGCAACAAGAAACCCCAACAAAAAAAGACUAAACAAUCCCCCAGCCCAAGAAUCUCUUCAGCAGCCUCCACUUUUGUAGUUGGAGUCAGUCAAGACCCCACCCUCCCAAGCCAGGUGGGAAAAGCCAGCAAGCCAGGGAGCAGGUCUUCCAGGACUCACAGGCAAGAUGGUCUCUGGCUGUGUAUAAUUUGAGACUCAUAAAAGCACCACACAGGAAACCAAAGUUUUACAGCCAGUGGUUAGGCAGAUAACAGAACUGAGUGUGGCCAAAAUACAUACUCAUCAAAUAAAUUCAAGGAAUGGCCCUACCUCCUCACAGGGUUGCUGUGAGGAUAAAAUAGGAAAUUCCAUGUAUGUUGUCAUGAGAUUCUUGGCAGAAGGGUGCACUACAAAUAUGUAAUGACCUGGCCUGCCGCUGCAUCAUUUGUCAUUGAGCAUGUUCACGUUUCAGCAAAUCGGAAAGUGUCGUUUGGAUUUCUAUUGUAAGUGGAAUAAAAGAGCCAUGUUCAUGUUUCCUUUUGUGUGCUUGUAUACCACUUUUAGUCACCAGGUAACUUCAGAACAGUUUCCAUAAUAAAUAAAUCCAUGGGCAAUAUCCAGCAAAAUAUUUCCAUUAGCACAAAGACUUCUGACUGUGCAAUGGAACUUCCUCUCCCUGUCUGCACCCACUAAACCCAUUCUGGGAGUUUUUCUAACCUUCCAGAGCAGAUUUCAGGAGGGGCUAAGGUUGCACAGAGAGAGGAGAGGAGAGGGAGGGGAAGUUAUUUUGUGUCCUUGCACUUAGUAGUGGAACUACUUAAUUGGAUCCUGCCCCAUAUCAUUAAAGAUCACACAACACAAUUAAAACACCUAGCAAUAAACUAUAGCUUAAGAGCAUGAGACACUUAAAUCAAGGUCGUGGUUUCAAGCCCCACAUUAAGCAAAAUAUUCCUGCAUUGCAGAGGGUUGGACUAGAUGACACUCAUAGUCCCUUCUAUAAUAAAAGAUAACCCCCAAGCUCAAAAACAGUCUAACCAUAGCCUGUGACAGCUAGAGAAAGAAAGUUUCCAGCAGGUGAUGGAAAACCCCAUCUGUGUUAUGUCUGGUCUUGACUCCACGAAGAGGGAGCUCUGCAGAGAAGACUCUACUCCAGGUCCCUUCACAAUAAGAGAUGUCCAUUGGUGGAUCCACAAGCAGGGCCUUCCCUGCUGAUCUGAGGGGUGAGGGAGGAGACAUUGAUAAGUGCUGCUCCAUCAAAUCAAAUACCCAGGAUCCUAUGUCAUUCAAGAGCAGGGAUGGGCAAAUCUGCCAGUUUCUAUUUUUUCACAAUCUUACAUUCGAAUCACUUUGUGAUUUAUUUAUUUUUAAAGGCUCUUGUGAAAAUUUAUCAUUUUAUAUAAUAAUAAUAAUAAUAAUAAUAAUAAUAAUAAUAAUUUAUUUAUUUAUACAUACCCCGCCCAUCUGGCUGAGUUUCCCCAGCCACUCUGGGCGGCUUCCAAUCAAGUGUUAAAAACAAUACAGCAUUAUAUAUUAAAAACUUCCCUAAACAGGGCUGCCUUCAGAUGUCUUUUAAAGAGAAGAUAGCUGCUUAUUUCCUUCACAUCUGAAGGGAGGGCGUUCCACAGAGUGGGCGCUACUAUCAAGAAGGCCUUCUGCCUGGUUCCCUGUAACCUCACUUCUUGCAAUGAGGGAACUGCCAGAAGGCCCUCGGUGCUGGAUCUCAGUGUCCGGGCUGAACAGUGGGGGUGGAGACGCUCCUUCAGGUAUACUGGACCGAGGCCGUUUAGGGCUUUUAUAUUUUACAUUUCACAUUUUCGUGUGAAUUUCUCCUAAUGAACACAUUUUUAUGUAUUUUUGUGUGUUAUUUUCACAUAUACAUGCAUUUCAAUGCACACUUUACCCUAGUAUAUUAAUUUUUUUGAAGGAUGGCUUUGCUUCAGCACUUGUUUCCAACUGUGUAUUCCUUUUCUACAUAGCCACAUUUCUUUAUGUGUCUUCCUUUUAACUAUCCCUAGAUUGCAAGCUUUUUAGUAUGCUUAUAAAAUGUCCUGCAUUAGAUAGUGUUUAUAUAUUUAUCUCCUAUAUAUAAGCUAAUUGCCAAAUGGCACCUUCAGCCUUAGUUACACUCACCACAAUGGAAUGUCUAGGCCCCUCUUUUUUGUAACUAUUUUUCAUUUCAUUUCCAUACCACUUUAUUUUUUAAAAAAAUAAAAAGGUCUCAAAGCAGUUUACAUUAAAACAUUCAAUAAAACAAUCCAGAAUAAAACAAAUGCAAGCUUCAAGGAAAAUAUUUCCGAUCCUUCUCUAAGGGACAUUUUGCUUUUCCCAAAUUUAUUUACCUCCUUAAUUUAUAUAGCUGUCCCAUACUAGAAGUACUCUAGGAAGCCAGUGUGGUGUAGUGGUUAGAGUGUCGGACUAGGACCUGGGAGAUCAGGGUUCAAAUCCCCACUCAGUCAUGCAGCUCACUGGGUGACCUUAGGCCAGUCAUGGCAUCUUCACCUACCUCACAGGGUUGUUGUUGUAGGGAUUAACUAUGGAGAAAAAGCUGGGAUCUAAAUGCAAAAAAUAAGCUCUUCAGCUUACUUGCUUAAGAAAGCUGGAGGGGCCAGCCAGAUGGAGAUGUCAGCCGCCAACCUGGCAUUCAGAGAUCUCCACAUGGUCGCAAUUGCAAAACGCGCCUGGCGCCUGGCUAGUUUAUAAUACUGCACACACACACAAACACACACACACACACACAGAGAGAGAGAGAAGGCCACUGGCAAAUGAUUAGAGUCUAAUGUUUUUACAGCAAACAUCACAGAUUUGUCACCGUCCAGUUCUACCAACACAAGGAUAUAGAUGAGUUCAACCUUGUGGCAUUUCCUGUGAACUGGUACAAGCUGAUGUACUGUAUUGCAACCAUUUGGUUUCCACUGCCAUAUAAUGUGAAUCCACUGACACAAUGUACCAUCAAAUCAUGCCUAUUUAUCAACAGAUUCUUCGCUUCUCAUCCUGUAUUUUAAUACUUUGUUGUCUUUUAAUACCCACUUGUAUUUUAAUACUUUGUUGGAAGCUGCCCACAGUGGCUGGGGAAACCGACUCUGGGGUUGUGGCGCUCAUCUCGCUUUAUUGGCUGAGGGAGCUGGCGUACAGCUUCCAGGUCAUGUGGCCAGCAUGCCUAAGCAGCUUCUGGCGAACCAGAGCAGCGCACGGAAACACCGUACUCCUGGAGCGGUACCUAUUUAUCUACUUGCACUUUGACGUGCUUUCAAACUGCUAGGUUGGCAGGAGCAGGGACCGAGCAACAGGAACUCACCCUGUCGCGGGGAUUCGAACCGCUGACCUUCUGAUCGGCAAAUCCUAGGCUCUGUGGUUUAUUAUUAUUAGUAGUAGUAGUAUCAUCAUCAUCCUCCUGUGUGCGAGAUUCCGGCCACUUGAAGCAGCUUGGCUUGUUCUUCCCUAUGUUAUUAUCGUAACCAUUAUUACUACUGCUCUUGCUAUUAUUUUGCAGAAUUCGAAGAAGGAUCACUAAGAUGAUGGCAGCAUGUAGCCGCCCAAAGCUGCUGGCUUUAAUGGACGUUAAGGGUUUCGACCCGGAAGACAUUACAGUGAGGGUACAAGAUGGGAAAAUUAAAGUGUCGGCUGAGCACGAGGAAGAAUUUAAGACUUGCAGAGGGAAGGAGUACAACUACUCCACCGUGACCAAGGAGAUCUGCUUGCCACCAGGGGUGUGUGAGAACGAGGUCACUUAUACCAUCGGACCCUGCAGUCUCGUGAGGAUAGAGUCCCCAGGCUGUGUCCCUUCCUGCCUGCUUAGCCUGCUUUGAAGAAGACACUGGAUGAUCAGCUCUGGCAGCUGUUCAGCAUCUGGAUGCGACCUCAGUGGAUCCUAAGGGGAAUGGUUGUGUUUGGUUUCUUUUUUCUCUCUCUUUUUUAACAUCGCCCUUUAAACGUGUUGCUGUCCAUACGAACCUUCUUCCAACAACGACAAUGCUGAGCAUCUGCUG